AUGGACACGGGCGUGGAUCACGACACGGGCUCUCGUAGGGAGCGGCCGUGGUUAUUUGCAUCGAAUCGUAAGCUUCGACAUGUUCACGGUAUCUCUGUUCGCAACUUAGUCGUCACUCCGCCCCCGAACCGGGCUCGCGGCAAGACCAUUGACGAUGACGAUAUUCCCAAUGCUUUGAAGACUCCCUCGAAGAUCCUAGCGCGAAAUCAGAAUCGUUCUUUGCAUCCGUCGCGAUCUUUCACCGACCUCAAGUCCCGCACGAGCCAAGAUAGCCCUGCGGAAACGCAGCCCGAAGUGCGAUCGUCGCGUCGGCGAAGUACCCUGCCCUGGAGUGAUCCCAACCCUCGAACCAGACAGAUCAGACUAGAGGAUAUUACCAGCAGUCGCAUGGCCGAUACAUGGUUCUCUCUUCAUUGCGAGGAUGUCGAUGUGCCAGUCUACGUCAGCGAAGUGGUCGACAAUGCGACCAAUCCCAGCUUCCGGUCCUUCGACAUGAAUCUGUGUGGUUCGCGAAUUUCUCGCUUGGAUUCUUUGACUUUAAAACUCUGGGCGAAGACAGUGGCCAUGCCAGAGUAUGUUCUAUUGGUCGAAUUACAGCUACAUCUGAGGUCGUUGCAGUUUUUGGGUAAGACACUGGAAAGCUUCCACCAGCCGCUACCCGCGAAUUCCAUUCUGUUCCACUUUCCAGACGGUGUUUACACCAACCUCACUGAUCUCCCGCCGGUUGAGACCCCGCUCUCAGGUUCCAGUCAGCGGGCCACCGAUGGAACUGCGUUGCCCACUUCGUCGUACGACGCCUUGAUGCGAUUGGCGAAUCUAGAUGAAUGUAUCCAGGAUGCACUCGCGACCCGGGAGAAGCUGGAGAUGCAGAUCAGUGCAAUCCUGGAGAAGAAUGAGCGUGCUUUGGCUACACUGGGAAAUGCCGCUCAGGCGCAGGACCGACUCUCUUAUACCCGCCAGGCCGUCACCGCUGAGCGCAGACAGGCCCGGGCAGCAAUGAAGCGUAAGGAGGAGCUGAUCGCAAGCAUCAAGGCUCGGAAAGAGGCAAUGUCACAAGGGCGCCACGUUCAGGAUAAGGCUCGCAGUCACUUACCUGAUGCCCAGGAGAAAUUGGUCUCCAGCGAACAGCUGCUCACACACAAUGCGGACGAAGCCAAGGGUCAGAUUCGACGCAUUUCGGAAGACUUGCUGGCGAUUUAUCCUAUCGAGCCCAUCCCCGACAAACCGCUGGCAUUCACUAUUGCCGGGUUGGCUCUCCCCAAUUCCUCUUUUGAUGACGUUGACCGCGAGGCGGUUGCAGCUGCGCUGGGAUACACAUCGCACCUAGUCUAUUUACUUUCUUUCUAUCUGUCGGUGACUCUUCCAUACCCGGUCAACCCGCACCUGUCGACAUCGUUGAUCCAAGAUCCGGUGUCCGCAUCACUUCCUCAGCGCACCUAUCCGCUCCACCCGGUGAACGUUCAAUAUCGAUUCGAAUACGGAGUUUUUCUGCUAAACAAGAAUAUCGAGUUCCUGCUGGGCAAGCUCGGACUGCGUGUGCUGGACAUCCGUCAUACCCUCCCCAACCUCAAAUACCUCCUUUAUGUCCUGACCGCGGGCACCGCGGAGAUUCCUGCUCGGAAAGCGGGCGGGAUUCGGGGUCUUAUCGCUGGGCGGUUGACUCCAGAUAUGUCUCGACGCGGUAGCACCGACAGCGCGGUCUCUGGUGAAUUGGUACAACCUCGCAAGGCGUGGGAAUCAAUGUCUAGGAUGAACGGCGGUUUCCAUCCAGAUAAGGCCAAGAAGUCGUUGACGACGGCGGCCAGCCCAUCGCCGUCGGCCCGGGUGGCUUAG